AUGGAUAUUCAAGGAGAUGAAAUCAUAGAUUUUGACGAAGUGGGUGUUCAUUCUCAGCCUACCCACAAUGAGAUAGAUUACGCCGCCCCCUACCCGCCGCCGCCAUCGCCUUCGAGCGCGCAGCCCGCAUCGUUCGCGGAGCGCGUACCGUCAGCGCACGCCGCGCCCGCGCCCCUCGCGCAAGCGGCGCCGCCCGGUGCAUUGUCUGCGCCGACCGUACCGCCACAGUCCGAGCCGUGCGCCCUAAGUGCGCUCGCUGAGUGUUCUGCGCCGCCCGUGACGAGUGCGCCGCCUAUGCAAGAUGACGUUCCAACUGCGCCUAGUGCGCCGUCUAAUGUGAUGUAUAACCAAACUCCUAAUAUUAACUGUACAUCGAAGAUAAAUACAGACGAGGCUCUUACAGAUGAACAUGAAGUUUACACCAUUACGCCCUGCAUACAGGCCGCCUGCAACACAGUUUCAGCGGGGAGCUUUAAACUCGAGGGGGGCGCCGCCGCGCAUACCUGCAGCGACCGAGCCGCGGCCGACCCACGCGCCCGCGCCCCACCGGCCGUACCGCCAGCAGGAGCGCCGCCCGCCGCCAGCGCCGGCGCCGAGGGGUCGCCGCUACAGCAGCUACACGCGGCACCAGCACUACCAGUAGGGAAUGCAGAACCGGUACCAGUCCCAGAACCGGGACUGAGAUUUCCGACCUCAACUAAUUCUAACAUUAGCAAAGUUACUUUGGUUUACCCUCUAAGUAUAACCGACGCUGAGGUCCCGAUCAUAGCCGAUGAAUACCGAGCGGGACGAGCCUAA